AUGGUGGAUGCGGACGCGUGCGCGGGCGGCGAGGGCGCCCGCAGGAAGAUGGAUGCCCUGGCCGACGGCGCCCUCGAGAUCGUCCCUUUGGAGCUCUACGAUUCCGCCCGGGCGAAAAUAGCUGCUAAUCUGCAAUGGAUCUGCGCGAAAGCCUACGGAAUAGAUAAUGUCCCGGAAGAGCUGAAGGACCCGUUCUACAUAGACCAGUACGAGCAGGAACACAUUAAGCCACCCGUCAUCAAGCUGCUGCUGUCCAGCGAGCUCUACUGCCGYGUCUGCAGCCUCAUUCUGAAGGGGGAUCAGGUGGCUGCUCUGCAGGGACACCAGUCAGUGAUCCAGGCUCUGUCUCGGAAAGGGAUUUACGUCAUGGAGAGCGAUGAUACACCUGUGUCUGAAUCUGAUCUGGGCUGUGCACCAAUCAAAAUGAGCUCUCAUAUGGCAAUGAUCGAUGCUCUUAUGAUGGCCUAUACUGUAGAAAUGAUCAGCAUUGAAAAGGUGGUCGCCAGUGUCAAGCGUUUCUCUACAUUCAGUGCCUCAAAAGAACUACCCUAUGAUCUGGAGGAUGCAAUGGUUUUCUGGAUUAACAAGGUGAACCUUAAAAUGAGAGAGAUAACAGAGAAAGAGAUAAAAUUAAAACAACAGUUAAUGGAAAGUCCGGGACACCAAAAGUCUCCUUCCAAAUGGUAUUGGAAAUUAGUACCUGUGCGUUACCGAAGAGACCAUCUUUCAAGCAGGCAAUUACCUUACUUUCCUUUGCUGGAAGAUUUGAUGAAGGAUGGGAGUGAUGGUGCUGCUCUUUUAGCUGUGAUACACUAUUAUUGUCCAGAGCACAUGAAACUAGAUGAUAUUUGUUUGAAAGAGGUAACUUCAAUUGCAGACAGCCUCUAUAAUAUUCARCUUUUGAGAGAAUUCUCAAAUGAGUAUCUAAACAAAUGUUUUUACCUCACAUUGGAGGACAUGUUAUACGCUCCUUUGGUUUUAAAGCCUAAUGUCAUGGUUUUCAUUGCGGAACUCUUCUGGUGGUUUGAGAAUGUCAAACCUGACUUUGUACAGCCGAGGGAUAUUCAGGAAAUAAAAGAUGUUAAAACAGUGUUGCAGCAGAAGAGCAGUCGUCCGCCUGUUCCCAUCUCCAAUGCCACUAAACGAAGUUUCAUGGCUAGCCCUGCUGCUGCAAACCCAACAGACCUGCAGCCUUCAGCUCAGCCAGGCCCUGAAGUUUGCAGUAGAUACUACCUGCACCCCGAGGAGUCUGACUAUCUUGGCAAAGGAGGAAGCCCUGCUUUUAGCCCUUCCCAUCCACUGCUCCCUUUGAGACAAAAGCAACAAAAAUCUUUACAGGGAGAGGACAGCCCUGGUCAUCGACAUCGUUCUAAUUCUCUGACCCGUGUUGAUGGGCARCCACGAGGUUCAGUUCUUGCAUGGCCAGAAAAGAAACCCAGGCCUCUGUCUCAGCCAACACCAUUUGCUCUUCAUCAUUCUGCAAGCACAGAUGUGGACCCUGGGUCUGGUGAUAGCAUUAGUCUGGCUAGAUCGAUCAGCAAAGACAGUCUUGCUUCUAACAUUGUUAAUGUGACUCCAAAAAACCAGGCUCAUCCUCCAUCAAUGAAGACUAAUGGGAAGAGCUUGCUGAACAAUGUUGAAAUUGAGGAUGAAGAUGAAGAGCUUAUUGCAAUAAUCAGAUCUGAAGAAAGGCCAAACCGUGGUGACCUUGAAUUGCAGAAUGCAUCAGCCAGGGUGCCCAGCAUAGUUGCGACUGCAUGGUCUCCAAAAACGAACAGCGAGGCUGUGGAAAGCAAACCAGACAGCUUUUACCUGGAGCCCUUAAUGCCUGCAGUGCUAAAACCAGCAAAGGAAAAACAGAUAAUCAACAAGGAGGAUGAAUGUGGGGAGGGGAAGCAGAGGAAUUUUCUAACAAGAAGAUUCAAUGAGGGACACUUGCCUUUGGUCCGCAAGAAGACGAAUAGCUCUCAUGGGGACCAUGAUCUCAAUAGGGCUUUUACUCCGAUUUCUAGUUCUGAUUUCACUCCGGUUGCAGAUCCUAGUCCUGCAGACUCAGUAGCGCUGUUGGAAGCAGGGUUAGAAGCUUCCAGACCUUUGGCUAGUAGCAGUUUAGAUCCUUCAUCUCAGGAGCAAUCCACUGGAGGAUUUUUUCUUCAUGCUGCUAAAUCUGAUGAUGACAUAGCAAGCAAAGUCAAUUUAAGCUACGUGAAAAGUGUCAAUUCGCACGUUGGAGAUACUACAUGGACUAUGGUGAGACAGGACUCCGAUUCAGAUCUUUUAGACAUAGAUGAUGCUGAGCAGGAUUUGGUCAUUGUAGAUGACCAUCCGAUAGUCACUAAAUACAUAGGUGAGGAAGAAUCCGCGAAGUUGCAAGAAGAUAUGAAGGUAAAAGAACAUGAAGAUAAGGAUGAUGCCAGUGGACGAUCCAGUCCAUGCUUAAGUACAAUUUCUCAAGUUAGCAGCGUGUCAAUGACUAGUGGGAGUGUCCGAAUGACCAGUUUUGCAGAACGAAAGCUCCAAAGGCUUAACAGCUAUGAAACAAAGUCGAGCACAAGUAGUUCACAAAAGACCACGCCAGAUGGAUCGGAAAGCUGCCCAGCCCCACUGACCACCUGGAAACAAAAGCGAGAGCAAAGUCCCAGCAGACAAAAUAAAGAUAAUGUUAAUCUUUUAGCUUCUGAGUUGGUGCAGCUUCAUAUGCAGUUGGAAGAGAAGCGAAGAGCAAUAGAAGCCCAGAAGAAGAAGAUGGAAGCCUUAUCAGCAAGGCAGCGACUAAAAUUGGGCAAAGCUGCCUUCUUACAUGUUGUUAAAAAAGGUAAAUCUCCCGAUACUCCACAGCCACUGAAACCAGAACAUUUUGCAAAAGAAUAUCCUCGGCAUAAUGGUGAGGACGUAGAUGAAGUUUCUCUGAGUUCCAAGUCUGAGGAGUUUAUUGUAAAAGAUGAGGAGAGAGAAGAAAUGCUUAAUGAUUCUCAAGAAGUAACAAAAGUGAAAAUGCAAGAAGGCUUAGCUUUUGCUGAACAACUUAAACCAAAAGACCCUGCUGCUAUACAUGAGUUAGAAAAAAGUAAGAUUAUUUCUGUUGCCCUUCUAGAAGAUAAUGUUGGCGAAGUUGAUAUUAAUGAAUGUGAUCUUUCUAUUGAAAAGCUAAAUGAAACAAUCAGUACACUUCAGCAGGCUAUAUUAAAGAUUUCUCAGCAACAAGAACUGCUUAUGAAGUCUCCAACAGUGCCAUCACCGGGGACCAGAAGUAACGCUCAGGACCAAAAGGUAAAACCAUCAAUUCAUUUUGUUGAGCCCCUCUCUCCGACUGGAAUGAAUAGUCUUCGUAAACCACCUCGCUUUGGUCAAGGAAGAAAUCCUCGAUCGGGAAGACCAGCAGACCUGAAAGUCGGUAAAGACCGACAGCAAAAUUCAGCGCGUAUCAAAACUCCAACCCCAAGUCUAGAAACCUUACCACAUUUAAGAGCUUUUCCACCCAAUAGCUUGUCAAAGACACCAACAGAAAUUGGUCUGGAAAACAGUCCUGAUCAUGGAAUUGUAUCUCAAGAGAAAUGUUUCUUUGAUACCUAUAGACUUCAUGAUGAGAGUAAUCAACGGGCGCUUGUUCUUUCAGCGUCCAAGGAUGCAAAUAUUAUUUCUGAAAUGAGCAAAGAAGUGAAUAACAGCUUAAAAGAAACAGGACUGAAUUGUUCUGAUGGCUCAGGAAAAGAAAACGUCCCAGUGGAUGAGCCAUUGAGAAGCAAAGCUAAUCUCAUUGAAGUAGACUUAUCUGACUUAAAAGCUCCAGAAGAGGGAGAACUUGAAAACCAGGAUAGCUCUGCAGACAUAAUUAGUGAAGGUGAUCAGAAGUCUGGUGUGGGGUUUUUCUUCAAGGAUGAGCAGAAAGCAGAAGAUGAGCUGGCAAAAAAACGUGCUGCAUUCCUGUUAAAGCAGCAGCGCAAGGCUGAGGAGGCYCGGAUUCGGAAGCAGCAGUUGGAGGCUGAAGUGGAACAAAAGAGAGAUGAGGCCCGUCGCAAAGCUGAAGAGGACCGAAUACGGAAAGAAGAAGAAAAGGCUCGAAGAGAACUUAUCAAGCAAGAAUAUUUAAGGAAAAAACAGCAGCAAAUUUUGGAGGAGCAAGGUCUUGGGAAACCCAAGUCAAAGCCCAAGAAACCCAGGCCGAAAUCUGUCCAUCGUGAAGAAUCUUACAGUGAUUCAGGGACAAAAUGUUCAUCCACACCUGAUAAUUUAAGCAGUGCUCAGUCUGGUUCCAGUCUGUCUUUGGCCUCAGCAGCAACAACAGAACCUGAAAGYGUGCACUCUGGCGGCACUCCAUCUCAGCGGGUUGAAUCAAUGGAGUCCUUGCCGAUAUUGAGUAGAAAUCCUAGCAGAAACACAGAACGUGACUGGGAAAAUGCGUCAACAGCAUCUUCGAUUGCUUCGGUGGCAGAGUACACAGGUCCAAAAUUAUUUAAAGAGCCCAGCAGCAAAUCAAACAAACCAAUUAUUCACAAUGCUAUAUCUCACUGCUGUCUUGCUGGAAAAGUAAAUGAACCACAUAAGAACUCGAUAUUGGAGGAACUAGAGAAGUGUGAUGCCAACCACUACAUCAUUUUGUUCCGUGAUGCUGGCUGCCAGUUUAGAGCACUUUAUUGCUACUAUCCUGACACUGAAGAAAUCUACAAGCUGACUGGAACAGGGCCAAAGAGCAUCACCAAGAAAAUGAUUGACAAGCUUUAUAAAUACAGUUCAGACAGAAAACAGUUUAGCUUGAUUCCAGCCAAAACGAUGUCUGUCAGUGUGGAUGCUCUUACUAUUCAUAAUCACUUGUGGCAAGCCAAGCGACCUGCAGUGCCAAAGAAGACUCAGACUCGUAAAUGACACUGAGUUCUUGGGGAGGAGAUUGCUGAAUGGGAUUGCAAUGAAAGAAGAAAUGUUUACCGUUUUCCUCCAGUUUGGUAUGAAAUGUGCAGAACCAUAAACAUUUUUUAAGAAGCUUCUAAACAGAGACCGUGGACGCAAGUUAAGUAUGAAGGAACAAUGCCAGUGUUUUUUUAUGAAUGAUAGAUCUGCUGUUACACCUAAUGCUAACUACUGUGGUUUUCAACUGGUGAGGGACUGUGCAUGUAGCAAGAUCUUUAACAAGUGGAUUUCCUUUUACUUGAAGCUUUUCGUCGGUACAAAUGGGGAAUAAUUUAGUUUUGUUUCCUCUCCGCCUCAUUCCCUCCUUUUUCCUGACUUUCUUAAUGUUGGCAAGCUCUGAACUCCAGUAAGAGGAUUGAAAAGAUCUUGGGUGAAGUGUUUUGGGUUUUGUUUUGCUUUUUAAAUGGUCUUUAGGGAAAUCUUCCUUUCAGACUUUUUUGAGGAACUUUAAUACAUCAAAUUGUUGUACUGUAUCUACUGCCAACGUUAAGUCCAGCUCUCAGAUUUCUGAAAAAGCCCCAAGUUGUGCUGCUCAGAACAGAGUUUACUUGCAGUAUGGGUUUAUGAUGAGCGUGGCAAGGAUCACAAAAGUCAGCCUUUUUAAAAAACGGUUUGCAAAUUUAAAAGAUUUCUGGAAUGCAAUCAUGAAGCGGCAUACAGGUGCUACCAGCUGGAAUAUGCCCGAUUGAAACUUGAGGCAAGCUGAAUGGAGCACAGUUAUUCUUGAUUUCAGUUUCAGGUCGUGUCCUAAAAAUUUGCUUUAACAAAGGUGGAUUCUGGUAGGUAUAGAACAUUUCCACUCUGAGCACGCUACUCCUGUACGAUGGUGCACUUAAGGAUCACAAAUUUUAAUGUUUUUAUUACAUCAUGAAAUGUAAUUCUACUUUCUUUGUCCUGUCUUUAUUCUGGAUGAGCAGCAUGCUCUAAAAUGAAGAGUGUGUAUGUUUUUUAUUUUGGGUGAUAUAUUAAUAUAUAUUGAUUUGUUUUUCUCAUUUAAAAGCAAUUUUUAAACAGAGACAUUUGCAUUUGUUUCGAAACCCCAAAUAAGUCGAAUGGCUUGGAUUUCUUUUCAUGUUGAAAUAUUAAAUCUUGAGUUAUGACCUUAAAAUCUUUGUGUUUCAGCAGAUUAAAUCUUGGUCUGGGGCAACAGGGUAUAGUUGCAGUUCAGUUCCAUUUUUUUUUUAAUAUAAUUAUUUCCCAGUUUUGCCCAUGCUAGCCUUCUGAAUAGGUUUCUCUAGCUCCUCCAUAACUUAACAUAUUAAUAAGCUCCCGCUGGAUCUGGUUUUGACACUACUCCGCAAAGAUGAUGUAGGUUUAUAACUUUGGUUUGCACAUGUUUACUUUUAUUUGAAGUGUUACUUGAAUAUGUGUCUCCUAAGUGCAGAAGGCACUAGACCAGUCCUAGAGAGGAACUAAAGCUCUAUACAAUGCAGUGUAAUUAUGAAACUUUAAGAUAACGGAAGCUACAGAUUUAUGUACAUAAGGGGAAAAUAGGGUACGUAAUAAAGUGCUAACUAGGUAGAGCAAAGUGAAGGUCUUCCAUUGCGAUCUCUCCAUUUUUUCCC